AUGUCUGCACCGGCGAGGGGGAUGGCUGCUAUGGAGGCAGGCGAUAGGACGGCUGUAGCUCAGCCAAUAGAAAGGGCCGAUGAGGGGGCGGCUGUAGCGGAGCCGAUACAGAGCGACGUGAGCAGGCAGUCAUCGGUCAGCGGAAGGAACGGUGCUGACGAGCCUGCGGAGCGGGCUUCCGGAAAUCACGGCGCGGAUCACGGGGCGGGUGUAGCACCCGCGUUGCAGCAAGUGGCGGCGGCAGGGGCGCAGGAGGACGAUCGCAGAGACGACGGACUGAGCUUCUGGCAGCACAUGGUCGCAGGAUCUGUCGCAGGCAUGGUAGAGCACAUGGCCAUGUUCCCCGUCGACACAAUCAAGACGCGCAUGCAAGCGCUCGCCACCACCAGCCCCCCCGUUCCCCCCGUUCCCCCCGCGCCCUCCGCACCCUCCGCCGCUUUCUCCGCCCUCCCGUCCGCCUCUCCUUCCGCGCUUUCCUCCUUCUCGUCUCUCUCCGCCUCUAGGGGCGUCCCCGCUGCCACUUGCGCCUUCCAAUCCACGUGCUCUAUCACAAAUCCAGCAUCAGCAGCAGCGCAGACCCUCUCGCAUUCGCCCACAAUCCGGAACGCAGUUUCGUCUAUCCUUAAAACGGAAGGCGCGGCAGGCUUAUAUCGGGGAAUAGCUGCCAUGGGGCUGGGGGCCGGUCCUGCCCAUGCCGUGUACUUCGCCGUUUACGAAGCGGCGAAAGAGUCGUUACUGAGAAACAGCAGUAGUAGCAGCAGCAGCGUCUCCGAUGGUUCAGGGUUUACGCCGGCUUUAGGGUUUUCGCUGCCGCCAGCAGUCGCGCAUGCGACGGCGGGCGCGCUGGCGACGGUGGCGAGCGACGCGGUGCUGACGCCGAUGGACGUCGUGAAGCAGCGCCUGCAGCUUCGGCGCAGCCCAUAUGCUGGCGUGGUGGACUGCUGCCGCAAGGUGCGUGGGGAGGAGGGUGGGCACGUGGGUGGGCACGUGGGUGGGCACGUGGGUAGGCACGUGGGUGGGCAGGUGGGUGGGCACGUGGGUGGGCACGUGGGUGGGCACGUGGGUGGGCAGGCGAGUGGGGAGGUGGGUGGGCACGUGGGUGGGCACGUGGGUGGGCACGUGGGUGGGCACGUGGGUGGGCACGUGGGUGGGCAGGCGGGUGGGGAGGUGGGUGUCUCCCACGGCGGCACUCUCAAGGAGGGUGCAGGACUGCGGAGUGGGGGAAGAGGAGGGGAGAGGAAGCAGGGGGAGAAGGUUGGUGGGGAAGAGGCUGGGGAAGGGAGGGUAGGGGGAUAUGGCUGUGGGGGAAAGGCUGAGGGGUAG